UGAGGCUGCAGGACCCUUGUCCCUCUUUGUGGACAGCGCUGGUUGGCCCAGUGCUAAUCACAUGCACUCUCCCAAGAAAAAAAAAAACUCUCAAGCAGUACACACCAAACUAAGCAUGUGCAACUUGGCCCCCAAGGCUCUGUCCUAUCAGCAGAUGGAUUGGAGACUAGAAAACAGGAUCAAGCAUCGUUUUUACACAAUGCAGAGGAUUAACCCCUUAUGUUCCAAAGUGAGCAUAACAAGCAUGCUUUACUGCAUGCAGAGACAUAUUUUACUGUUGUUGGUUUAG